AUGGUGAUCCCCCAAUACAGCCACGUUAGAGUGCUGGGCUUGCGCAUUUGGGAGUAUAAAGGGAGCUGGGGGCCACACUUUCGAAACUGCUUCGACCACAGCAUCGCAAGGUGUUUGACAAUCCCCAUUGCCUUCCCCAUCACAGAAGAGAUUUCCGACUUAACCAUGCAGAUUGCAGAAAUGAGCAAGAAUCUUCAGGAAUUGGAGAAGACCAGGAAGCGAGUGCAGCAAGAAAAGUCAGACCUCCAGGCUGCCCUGGAAGAGGUGGAGGGUUCCUUGAAGCAUGAAGAGGGCAAGAUUUUGCGUGUCCAGCUAGAGUUGAACCAGCUGAAAUCUGAGCUUGACCACAAGAUCACUGAGAAGGAAGAAGAAAUCGAGCAGCUGAAAAGAAAGAGCCAGCGGGCAGCAAAGGCCAUGCAAAGCGUGCUGGAUGCUGAGAUCUGGAGCCGGAAUGUUGCUCUGAGGCUGAAGAAGAAGAUGGAGAGAGACCUCAGUGAGAUGGAGAUUCAGCUGGGCCACUCCAACCGCCAGGUGGCAGAGACCCAGAAACACCUGUGCUCAGUCCAGAGCCAGCUCAAGGACUCCCAGCUGCAUCUGGAUGACGCCCUGAGGAGCAGCGAGUACCACAAGGAGCAGCUGGCCCUCGUGGAGCGCAGGAAUGGCCUGUUGCUGGAGGAGCCGGAGGAGAGGAAGGUGGCCCUGGCGCGGACGGAGCGCACCCGCAAGCUGGCGGAGCACGAGCUGCUGGAGGCCAGCGACCGCGUGCAGCUCCUUCACUCCCACAACACGUGCCUGAUAAAUACCAAGAAAAAACUGGAAGCUGACAUAGCCCAAUGCCAGGCAGAGGUGGAGAAGUCUAUCCAGGAGUCCAAAAAUGCAGAGGAGAAGGCCAAGAAGGAUGUCACGGAUGCGGCCAUGAUGGCCGAGGAGCUGACAGAGAAGGAGCAGGACACCAGCGCCCACCUGGAGCGGAUGAAGAAGAACCUGGAGCAGACGGUGAAGGACCUGCAGCACCGCCUGGACGAGGCUGAGCAGCUGGCCCUGAAGGGUGGCAAGAAGCACAUCCAGAAGCUGGAGGCCAGGGUACGUGAGCUUGAAGGAGAGUAGGUUGAAAGUGAGCAGAAACGUAAUGCUGAGGCUGUUAAAGGUUUGCGGAAACACGAGAGAAGAGUAAAGGAACUCACCUACCAGACUGAGGAAGACCGCAAGAAUGUUCUCAGGCUGCAAGACCUGGUAGAUAAAUUACAGGCAAAGGUGAAAUCAUACAAGAGACAAGCUGAGGAGGCUGAGGAACAAUCCAAUGCUAAUCUUGCCAAAUUCCGCAAGCUCCAGCACGAGCUGGAGGAGGCCGAGGAACGGGCUGACAUUGCCGAGUCCCAGGUCAACAAGCUGCGGGUGAAGAGCCGGGAGAUUCACACACAAGUCAGUGCAGAGUGAACACAUCUGCCUGAUGCUGCCAAGGGGCUGAAGAAAUGCACAAAAUGUGCCAUUUUGGGUCACUUGCUUUGUGAUGUUUUUCUCCUCAUGUUGAAUAAAUAAAAACUACAGUGAACUGAUAAA